GAGUUGGGGUUUCAAUGAGGACAGACCUCAGCCCUAGAGCUCCAAGGAGAGACAGGCAGUGAACCUGGGAACCCACAGAACGCGGAGGUGGAGGCAGAGACCCCAGGAAGAGAGCUCUGCGCCACCCUGGCCCCAGGGCCAGGGUCUGUGCCAGGUGUGGGCGGUGGGCGGGGAAGUGGGUGGGGGGUGAGUCACCAGGGCCAGCCCCACCCUGCUUUUUCUUAAAGGCCCCCCAGCUGUCCCCACCAGCCACCCUUGCCUGUCACACUGUCUCAGCCAUGGCGGAGAGCUAUACCAUUCCCCACAAGACCUCGCUGCCCGAGGGCAUACAUGUGGGCACCGUGAUGAGAAUUCGCGGCGUGGUCCCCAAGACGGGCAGGUUCCAUGUAAACCUGCUGUGCAGCGAGGAGGAGGGCGCCGACGCUGCCUUGCAUUUCAACCCCCGGCUGGACGAGUCCGCGGUGGUCUUCAACAGCCUGGAGCGCGGCACCUGGGGCCGCGAGGAGCGCGGCUCGGGGAUUCCUUUCCAGUACGGGCAGCCCUUCGAGGUUCUCCUCAUCGCCACCGAUGACGGCUUCAAGACCGUGGUGGGGGACUCGCCCUUCCACUUCUUCCGGCACCGGAUCCCGCUGGCGCGCGUGCGCGCGAUGGAGGUGGGCGGGGACUUGCAGCUGCAGUCGGUGCGGAUUUUCUGAGCCAAAAGGAAGAGGGAG